AUGCCAAUCCCCAUGCGGAGCCUCUCCCUACGCGAACCUCGUAUCAGACAGAAACCUGCUGGUCUCGAUCGAGAAGCGAUCCCCGAAGCCCAACGUCCCCGAACAAUCGAAGCCCGCUCGAACACUACAUCGUCGGCCACGUCGUCGGCGUCCGCACCACCUCGCAAUUCCAAAUUACCUUCAUAUACCCAGCCGGUUUCAGGUCUUCCUCAGCCAGCCACAACCGCCGCCGCCGCAGCAGCAGCAACAACAGCAACAGCAACAGCAGCACCCACAACAACAAACCAUGGAGGAAGGGAAGAUAGCGGUGGCAAUGGUGGCGAUAGUGCCCUAGCAGCCCGUCGUCGCAGCUUCUUGCCACAACGGGGUAGUUGGCAGAAGGGUGCAGGAAGUGUUUCUUCGGGCAGGUUGCAGCCGCAGCUGCAGGACACUGAGCUACAACGGCUACGAGAUGCAGAUGUACAGGAGGUCCAGGCUCCAGCGACGGCGAUCCACCCGCCUCUCCCUGGGCGAUCUACUGAUGGCCCUGCUCAAUUACCGGACUUGAGUGAGCAGACGGCGUCUCCGCUAUCGCCUUCCAAAUUAUCGCUGUCAAAACUAGCUAGACCCACGGCGAGCUCUAUGAACUACCAUGCUGGAGGAACUACGAGUCGAUUAGAGCGGCCAGGAUCGGCGAAUGCGUCCAAGUUAGACUCAUUAAAAUCUCAGGACGCACCUAUUAACCGGUUUGAGAGACAGGGCUCUUCGAGUACGACUAGCUGCCAGUUAUCGAGAUCGCAGAGUUUACAUAUAGCUAGGAUGGAGAGGCCAAGUUCCGCAAACACGACAACCUCGCAGAUGUCGCGGCCCCAAAGCAGACCUACGCCUCGACCAGAAAGACGCGAAAGAUCCGGGUCGGUGAACACGAACCAGCCUAAACCGGAGCCUCCAAAACCUCAAACUACAAACGCAACGCGAUUGAAGAGAUCCGCGUCAUUACGACAGCCUAUGGUUAUGUCAAGGGUGGCAAAAACAAACCAUUCGCGGCACAAAAGCCAAAUUGUGUCCACCAUGAAAGGUCAUACAAGUUCAAGUGUGAAACAGAGCGACGGCAACACAACGACAGCAACAACAAGUACAACCCCAUCAUCAAAGGCGGGCAAGCCACAAUUAUCUACGUUUCAGCAACACUACAGUCCCAAAAAGGGAUUGAAAACUAAGCCACCCAUCCCUAUCGCCUCUGCAUCUUCAACGAGUGUGACCGAAACCGGACCCGGGACCGAUCCAUCCUCGCACACCAAUCUGCAAAUAGCUGCCUUGCAAACUGAACUCCUUCAACUCCACCUCCUCCACGCAGACUCUCUCCAUGCCCGACUACAAUGGGAAUGCAGUGCCAAGAACAAAUUGCGCAAACAGCACCAAUCCGUCGUGUCCAAGUACCACACUCUCCUCGCUCAAGAGCAAGGAGCACAGCGCUAUGUCAACAAGCUAGCCCUGGACCGGUUAGCGGAGGAUAGCAAGGCGAAUCGGAACAAUAGCGGUCAUAAUAGUCAUAGUCACUAUGAUUUCGCGGAGCAGAUACAGGUGUUGUCGCGCGUUGUGCAGGAUGUCGCUGCGCUGACGGAUGUGCGUGGUGGGAGACAUGUGGAUUGCAUACGCGUGUUUGAGAGGUGGUUUGAGCAUGUAGAGAGGGUUAGACGGGGCAGGAGCGGGAGGGGUAAAGGCACGCAGAAUGGGAAUGCGUAUCAGAAACUGGCGGUUGACAGGAACGCUAAUGAUAACGAUGGUGAUGGUGAUGGCGAUGACGAUGUCGAUGUCGAUGUCGAGGAUUCUUAUAGCGACAACGCGGCCACUACCUGCGACUUCAUAGAUCCACUCAGCUCUAAGUGGAAAGAAGAAGUUGCUGCGCUGAGCGCCAAGCUGGUUCUCUGCGCUAGAGAGCUGGAUUGUCUUGAGGUGGAUGUUCGGGGAGAUGGACAGGAUGGGGUUAAAUACCCGCCCUCUUCAGCGCUGAUUCGGAUUGUGCGUGGACAUAAGUUGUUGCUGCGGUCGAUGAUUGAGGAAUUGGAGAUUGUGAGUGCGGUUGAGGUGGAUGUAGAGGUGUUGGAGAGGUUGUGGGUUAGGAAGGCGGUUGAUCGGUUGGGGCCUGCUUCCGUCUCUGCUAAUGCUAGAAGUAGUGCUGCUGCUGCUGAAAGGCGGAGAAGGCAACCUGUCUGGGCUUUGGCAUAG